AUGGAAGCAAAGACACAAAUCAGUUCAGGCACUCACUGGUGCCCAACUGGGACAGCAGAGAAACCUACGGAUAUGGAGAAGUCAACUGCUUCUGAAGACAAAAGACUGGAUUUCAUAGCCGACUGCGUGCUGAGAACUCUUAAACUGAAGCCGGAUAAAUGGGAAAAAUGCAUGUCGGAUGAGGACAACAGACAAGUUAUACAGAACUUCUUGGACAGAUCAGAGCAGAGGACUCUGGUGGUAUCCAUGACCACAGCUGGACUGUUGGAGCCCACAGCCUCCUUCACUGCCAGCCAUAAAAACAAGGCAGUGUAUUUUAUGAAGAAAGACAAAGCUCCACUGAGCCCAAAGUCCAUCAAAGAGAGCUUGGUCUACGGAGACUUGACUUCUGCUCCACUGGACCAGUUUUCUGCUCUAGUUGGGGAGGCUGUGGAUUUACUGCUCUCCAACAGGAAGAACCACAUUAAAUGGCCUCAAGAUGUUUCCCUGGACAUGAGGCACCAUGUCCAAUCUCUCUUGACCAGCGUGUUAGUUGUGUCAGGCCAAGUCCAAGGCAAAACUGUGCUUAUCUUCCCUGCAGAGUUAGAGCAAGUGGAACAAAGUGCCCUCGAGACAAUCCAAAGUGGGGGAAGAGUGGAUAAUGGCAUCAUCCACUCCGUGGAGUCUAUGGUGAUUGAGUGGAGCCAUCAGAUCUGCCAUGUCCUACAGAAAGACUCCUCUGAGGCUUUGCUUGUGGGGGGAAAUCCUACACCUCAAACGGAGCUUCUCUUCUGGAAAAACAGAUAUGCAGAUUUGGAGAGCAUCCACUCUCAAUUGAACUCCUGUAAAGUGAAAAAGAUGGAGAUGUUGCUGGAGGCUGUGGAAAGCAGCUAUUACCCUGCUUUUAUUAACAUACAAAAGGACGUCCUUGCAGCUUUGGAGGAAGCAGAUGACAUUUGCAGCUAUUUGAAACCACUGCAACAUGUGCUUGAGGACCUGGAGAACAAGGAGUUCCCUGAUAUCCAAGGUCCAAUUAAAGCUUUUAUGCAUACAUUGUGCCUAAUGUUGGCCAACUCCAGACACUACAACACCCCGGGACGCCUUGCUGCGCUGCUUCAGGAGACCUGCAACCUUCUCAUACAACAGGCAAGGCUGUAUCUAGUUCCAGAGGAGGUUCUAAAUGGUGAAACUGCUGAGAGUCUUUUAAGGGUCCAGACAAGCCUAGAUGUCCUUCAGCUUUUCAAGAACACCUUUGAGGACCAGAGGGCCAAUUUGUAUCAGAAGUGCAAGAGGAAUGGGACCUGGAACAUUUCCACAGUCUCAAUUUUCUCAAGGCUGGACCAGUUUAUCAACAGACUGCAAAACAUUAAGGAAACGCUGUCAACAUGUUUGGACCUGAUGAAGCUUGAGAAACUUGAGAUUGGAGGCAUCAAAGGAAGAGCCCUUAACCUGCAGAUCCAGUCACUUUAUCAAGAGUUCUUGGACUCUUACAAGAUAUUUACAGAAAAGCCAUAUGAUUGCUUGGACAUCACUAAUACGGAGUUUGAAGGAGAUUUGAGGGACUUUAGGCUUAAGGUGGAUGACACAGAUCGCCGUCUAGGAGCAAUCUUUUGUCAGGCUUUUGAUAAUGCCUCAGGACUGGAGCACACCUUUAAGGUCCUUGAAAGGUUUGGCAGCCUGGUGGAGCGUCCAUUAAUUACUGUGGAUGCUGCAAGCAGAUAUCCGUCCCUUUUGUCCAUGUUUGACGAAGAGCUAAAUUCCUGUAAAGUCAUCUACAACAAACAGCUGAAGGCUGCAAAGGAAAUGGGCGGAGAACCAGUGGGUAAGAAUAUGCCGGUGGUAUCUGGAGGGCUGAGGUGGGCCCAGAAGCUACAAAAGCGCAUCCACUCCCCCUUCUCCAAACUGAGGCACCUCUUACCUCGGUGCUUGGAGUCUGCACAGGGAGCCAGGGUUAUCCAGAAAUAUGAGGAGAUGAUGCAACUGCUGGACAGAUACUCUUCCGACUUGUAUGAGACGUGGACAGAGGGCGUGAGCGAGAGCUCGCAGUACAACCUCAGUUUGCCUUUAAUCACAAGAGACUCGGACACUCAUCUGAUCUCUGUCAAUUUCAAGCCUCAGCUGGCAGCGGUGCUUAGAGAAGUACGGUAUUUGCUGGGUGGACCCACCGAAGCCAUACCAGAAGCUGCAAUGAAGAUCCACGCAGCCAGGGAGCAGCUGUGGCAGUAUGUGGCUACCCUGGAACUUACCACAGCCCGAUACAACAAGGCGAUGUUGUCUGCUCUGGAUGUGGAGCGUCCUCUGAUUCAGGGUCAACUCAGAGACAUCGAUGCUCAGCUGAAAGAAGCAGAGGAGAGUCUAAACUGGAAUUGCCAAGGUGUUUGGCAGUAUAUCCAAGACAUCCGAGAUGCUGUCUGUGAUUUCGAGAGCAGGCUGAAAAGGGCAAAGGAGAAUGUAGCAGAGAUACAGAGGUACAUGAGGUCUUGGGCCGUCCCCAUGUUUGACAGAAAAGAUGGCAAAAAGGAAGCUCUUCUUUGCCUGGAGGACCGGGCUGAGAGGGUGAAGCGGUUUCACAAUUUGGUGCAGUCCUCCGGAGAACAAAUCCACUUUCUGCUUAAGAGCAAUCAGGAGCUGCUCAGAGCGGACCCUUCCUCCGAGGAAUGGAAGGCCUACGUGGAAUAUAUUGAUGACAUGGUUAUAGAUGGAUUCUUCAGCUCCAUCGACUGCUCUCUCAAGUUCUUCCUGGACAACACUGAUCAGAGAAGCGGCAUGGCCCAUCUCUUUGAAACUCGACUGGAUCUACAGGCUUCUGCCUUGGUCUUUUCCCCCUCUCUGGAGCUGGAGGAUUCGGAUAGUUUGUUUGAGGUGGUGGAGAGCCUCAUCAACGACGUCUUCAAAAUGUCUUCGUUGGUCCCUCGGCUCGCCCAGCACAGCCCCUCCCCCCACUACCAGCCUGACAUGGAAGGCAUGGCUGACCUGGCAGACAGCCGGCGCCUCCUGAUGGAACGUGUGAAGGCUGCCAUGAAAAUCGCCUGCAACUUUUACCGCUCGCUGGAGUGUUACAGCUACCUGUACGUGGAGGAUAGAAAAGAGUUCAUGCGUCAGUUCCUGGAGUAUGGCCACGAUCCCACAAGCCCUGACAUAGAGGUUUUCUCUGACAGUGGAGCCCAUGAUGGUAUACCCACUCUAGAAAGCUUUAAAGAACAGAUAGAUGGUUAUGAGAAUCUGUAUGAGGAGGUCCAGGGCCUGGAGGCAGUGCAUGUCUUCCAUGGAUGGAUGAGGGUGGAUGGCAGCCGGAUGAAGAGUACUCUGCUCAAUAUCAUUAAAAAGUGGAGCCUAAUGUUCAAACAGCACCUCAUCGAUCACGUAACAAACAGUCUGUCUGAUUUAGAGAAGUUCAUCCGUGCAACUGUGGCUGGCCUGAGCCAGCAGGUGAAGGAGGGCGACUACAGCACUUUGGUUGAGGUCAUGGGUCACUUGCUUGGGGUUAAAGAAAGACAAACCUCUACAGACACCAUGUUUGAGCCGCUGCAACAAACCAUUGCCCUGCUGAAAAUGUAUGAACAGGAGCCGCCCGAAGUGGUCUACAAACACUUAGCGGAGCUGCCAGAAAAGUGGAUCAACCUGAAAAAACAGGCCAUUUUGAUUAAACAGCGGGUGGCACCACUGCAGGCCAAAGAGGUCGCCAAUCUGCGCAGGAAGUGUGCUUUGUUUGAGGCAGAGCAAAAUGCCUUCAGGGAACAUUUUCAAAAGGACGGGCCUUUUAGGUUUGACAGCCCGAGGCCAUACCAGACGUUAGAUGAGUUCCACCAGAAGAUCCAGGGACAUGAGAGAACCAUGGCCUCUCUGAUGGACUCUGCUAGCCUGUUUGAAGUCACCAUAUCAGAGUACAAACAGCUCAGACAAUGCAGGCAUGAGGUGGGCCUGUUGAAGGAGCUGUGGGAUAUGAUCACAGUGGUGGAAUCCAGCAUAUCAGCAUGGAGGAUGACUCCCUGGAGAGAGAUCAAUGUGGAGGACAUGGAGGUGGAAUGCAAGCACUUCUCAAAAGACAUACGAGGGCUCAAUAAAGAGGUAAGAUCCUGGGAUGCCUUCACAGGUCUGGACAGCACGGUGAAGAACAUCCUCACCUCACUGCGAGCAGUGGCAGAACUUCAAAAUCCUGCGAUACGAACACGACACUGGGAUCAGCUGAUGGCAGCUACCGGAGUUCACUUCACAUUGGAUCAGAGAACAACGUUGGCUGACCUGUUGCGGCUCAACCUGCACUGCUUUGAGGACAAAGUCAGAGAAAUUGUGGACAAGGCUGUGAAAGAAAUGGGAAUGGAGAAAGUCCUCUCUGAGCUCAACUCCACAUGGACAGGUAUGCAGUUCCAGUAUGAGCCCCACCACAGGACCCAGGUGCCUCUCAUCCGUAUAGAUGUGGAGCUAAUCGAAACCCUGGAAGAUAACCAAGUUCAGCUUCAGAACAUCAUGUCAUCGAAGUACAUCGCAUACUUCCUGGAUGAGGUGUCCUCAUGGCAGAGCAGGCUUUCUGUGGCAGACUCUGUCCUCUCCAUCUGGUUUGAGGUGCAGCGGACCUGGAUGCACCUAGAGGGCAUCUUCAUCGGCUCUGAGGACAUCCGUUCUCAGCUGCCUGAGGACUCCAGGCGCUUCAUUGGGAUUGAUGCUGAUUUCAAAGAGCUGGCAAACUCCAUGCAUCAGACGCCUAAUGUGGUGGAGGCCACCAAUAAGCCGGGUCUGUUUGGUAAACUGGACGACAUUCAGAGAAGGCUCUCUAUAUGUGAAAAAGCUCUGGCAGAGUACCUGGACACCAAGCGUCUUGCCUUUCCAAGAUUCUACUUUAUUUCUUCAGCUGAUUUGUUGGACAUCCUCUCUAAUGGGACAAACCCCCAUCAGGUCCAGAAGCAUCUAUCUAAGCUGUUUGACAACAUGGCUAAGAUGCAGUUUGAAGCCGAUGAAGAGGGAAAUCCUUCUAAGACUGCUUUGGGCAUGUACAGCAAAGAAGACGAGUAUGUCCCUUUUAAUCAGACCUGCGACUGCUCUGGACAGGUGGAGAUGUGGCUGAACCGUGUGCUAGACACCAUGCGCUCCACUGUUCGCCAUGAAAUGGCUGAGGCAGUGUCGGCUUAUGAGGACAAACCCAGAGAGCAAUGGUUGUUUGACUAUCCAGCUCAGGUUGCUCUAACCUGCACCCAGAUCUGGUGGACAUCUGAAGUCAACAUUGCUUUUGCUCGUCUUGAGCAAGGCUAUGACAACUCAUUGAAGGAGUAUUACAAGAAGCAGGUUUCUCAGCUCAACACCCUCAUCAACUUGCUGAUUGGCCAGCUCACGCCAGGCGAAAGGCAGAAGGUUAUGACCAUCUGCACCAUCGACGUCCACGCCAGAGAUGUUGUGGCAAAGAUGAUCAACCAGAAGGUGGAGAAUUCCCAGGCCUUUGUGUGGCUCUCUCAGCUGAGACAUCGCUGGGAUGAGGGGGACAGGCACUGCUUCGCCAACAUCUGCGAUGCCCAGUUUCUCUACUCAUAUGAGUAUCUGGGCAACACGCCACGGCUGGUCAUCACUCCUCUAACAGACAGAUGCUACAUCACUUUGACUCAGUCCCUCCACCUGACCAUGAGUGGAGCACCAGCUGGGCCUGCAGGCACAGGGAAGACAGAGACGACCAAAGACUUGGGACGAGCCCUCGGCAUCAUGGUGUACGUGUUCAACUGCUCCGAGCAGAUGGACUACAAGUCGUGUGGGAACAUCUUCAAAGGCUUGGCUCAGACAGGAGCAUGGGGCUGCUUUGACGAGUUUAACAGAAUUUCUGUGGAGGUGCUGUCUGUUGUAGCUGUACAGGUUAAAAGCAUCCAAGAUGCCAUCCGUUAUAAGAAGCAACGCUUUAACUUCAUGGGAGAGGAGGUCAAUCUUUGUCCUUCUGUGGGGAUCUUCAUCACCAUGAAUCCUGGUUACGCUGGAAGAACAGAGCUUCCGGAGAACCUUAAAGCUCUUUUCCGGCCUUGUGCCAUGGUGGUGCCAGACUUUGAGCUCAUCUGUGAAAUUAUGUUGGUGGCUGAAGGCUUUGUCAACGCCCGGAUCCUGGCCAGGAAGUUUAUUACCCUCUACACUCUGUGCAAAGAGCUGCUGUCCAAGCAGGAUCACUAUGACUGGGGCCUCCGAGCCAUCAAGUCAGUGUUAGUGGUGGCUGGCUCUUUGAAAAGAGGAGACCCUGGGCGAGCUGAGGACCAAGUACUCAUGCGAGCUCUGAGAGAUUUUAACAUUCCAAAGAUCGUGACCGAGGACAUGCCUGUUUUCAUGGGCCUGAUAGGAGACCUUUUUCCGUCUCUGGAAGUCCCAAGAAAGAGAGACCUAGACUUUGAAAAGCAUGUAAAGCAGUCGCUUCUGGACCUGAAGUUGCAACCUGAGGAGAAUUUCAUUCUCAAGGUAGUACAGCUCGAGGAACUGCUGGCGGUACGCCACUCUGUGUUUGUGAUUGGCAAUGCCGGCACGGGGAAGAGCCAGGUGAUGAGAUCGCUCCAGCGGACCUAUCAGAACAUGAAGCGGCGGCCCGUGUGGGCAGACCUCAAUCCAAAGGCCGUGACCAAUGAUGAGCUCUUUGGGAUCAUCAACCCAGCAACCAGAGAGUGGAAAGACGGGCUCUUCUCCAGUAUAAUGCGUGAACUGGCCAACAUUAGUCACAAUGGGCCUAAGUGGAUUGUUCUGGAUGGAGACAUUGAUCCAAUGUGGAUUGAGUCACUCAACACAGUUAUGGAUGACAACAAGGUUCUGACUCUGGCCAGUAAUGAGCGUAUCCCUCUAAACCCCAGCAUGAGGCUGGUGUUUGAGAUUAGCCACCUUCGCACUGCUACUCCUGCUACUGUGUCUAGAGCAGGUAUUCUGUACAUAAACCCAACAGACCUCGGUUGGAGCCCACAGGUGUCCAGCUGGAUCGAUAGAAGGAAAGUCCAGUCUGAGAAAGCAAACCUGACCAUCCUCUUUGACAAGUAUCUUCCUUCCUGUUUGGAUGCUCUCAAAUCAAGGUUCAAGACAAUCAUCCCUAUCCCUGAGCAAAGUGUGGUACAGAUGCUGUGCUACCUGCUGGAGUGUCUUCUGACUCCAGAAAACACGCCAGCGGACUCUCCCAAGGAUCUAUAUGAGCUCUACUUUGUCUUUGCUGCGAUCUGGGCCUUCGGGGGAGCCUUGUUCCUGGACCAGCUGGUGGACUACAGAGUGGAAUUCAGCAAGUGGUGGGUUGCUGAGUUCAAAACCAUCAAGUUCCCAUCGCAGGGUACCGUGUUCGAUUACUACAUCGACCCGGAGAGCAAGAAGUUCGAACCGUGGUCCAAAAUUGUCCCCAAGUUUGAGAUGGAUCCAGAUAUACCUCUUCAGGCUUGUCUGGUUCACACCACAGAGACAGUUCGCGUUCGUUACUUCAUGGACCGCCUCCUGGAGCAUCGAAGACCUGUCAUGCUGGUCGGGAAUGCUGGCACUGGGAAGUCUGUUCUAGUUGCGGAUAAACUUGGAUCAAUGGAUGCGGGGAAAUACGUGAUCAGAAACGUCCCCUUUAACUAUUACACCACAUCUGCUAUGCUGCAAGCUGUGCUGGAAAAGCCCCUAGAGAGAAAAGCGGGGCGCAACUAUGGCCCUCCUGGCAACCGAAGAAUGAUCUACUUCAUAGAUGACAUGAAUAUGCCGGAGGUGGAUGCAUAUGGCACGGUGCAACCCCACACACUCAUCCGCCAACACAUGGACUACAACCAUUGGUAUGACCGUAAUAAGCUGCUUUUGAAAGAAAUACACAACGUUCAAUAUGUUUCCUGCAUGAACCCCACGGCUGGCAGCUUCACCAUUAAUCCCAGGCUCCAGCGGCACUUCUGCAUCUUUGCCCUGUCCUCUCCCGGAGCAGAGGCCCUUAGCACCAUCUACAGCUCCAUCCUGUCUCAGCACCUGAGUGGAGAGGGCUUUAACUCCGCCCUGCAGAGGAGCAGCUCUGCCCUGGUCCAGUUGGCCCUGGUUCUGCAUCAACGCGUCUGCUCUGCCUUCCUCCCCACAGCGGUCAAGUUCCACUACAUCUUUAACCUGCGGGACCUCUCCAACAUAUUUCAGGGCAUUCUCUUCUGUACCAGCCAGUGCAUAAAAACCUCCAAGGACCUGCUGAAAAUCUACUUGCAUGAGUCGGAUCGGGUCUACAGGGAUAAACUGGUUGAGGAGCAGGACAUCCAUGCCUUUGAUAAGCUACAGACGGACACAGUGAAAAAGUUCUAUGAGGACAUGGAGGAGGAGCUGCAGCAGACCAGGGAGAUGAACCUGUACUGCCAUUUCGCCGGGGGGCUGGAGGAGCCCAGGUACAUGCCAGUGGAGUCCUGGAGCAGCCUCAGUAAAAUCCUGCUGGAAGCUCUGGAAAGCUACAAUGAGGUCAACGCCACCAUGAACCUGGUGCUAUUUGAAGAUGCAAUGGCUCACAUCUGCCGAAUAAACCGAAUCCUGGAGUCUCCACGGGGCAAUGCGCUGCUGGUCGGAGUAGGCGGCAGCGGCAAGCAGAGUCUGACCCGACUGGCUGCCUUCAUCUCCAAUCUGGAGGUUUUUCAAAUCACCUUGAGAAAAAACUACGGUCUCACAGACUUAAAGACUGACCUGGCAUCGCUCUACAUCAAAGCUGGUGUGAAGAAUGUUGGCACAGUGUUCCUGAUGACUGACGGCCAAGUGGCAGAUGAGAAGUUCCUCGUUCUGGUCAAUAAUCUUUUGGCAUCAGGAGAGAUUCCCGACCUGUUCCCAGACGAUGAGGUGGAGAACAUCAUUGGCAGCGUGAGGCCAGAGGUCCGCAGCGCAGGAUUGAUGGAUACCAGAGAAAACUGCUGGAAGUUCUUCAUCGACCGCGUUCGCAGGCAGCUCAAGGUUGCUCUGUGCUUCUCUCCGGUCGGGAAUAAGCUGAGGGUUCGUAGCAGGAGGUUCCCCGCAGUGGUGAACUGCACUGCGAUUGACUGGUUUCAUGAGUGGCCACAGGAAGCACUGGAGUCGGUCAGUUUAAGGUUCCUCCAGGAUGUAGAGAACAUCGAGCCUCAGGUAAAGGAGUCGGUGAGCAGAUUCAUGGCCCACGUCCACACAAGUGUCAAUCGAACAUCCAAGGAGUAUCUGGCUAAUGAGCGCCGCUACAACUAUACCACGCCUAAGUCUUUCCUGGAGCAGAUCAAGCUGUAUCGCAGUCUGCUGGGUCAAAGGAGCAAAGAGCUAACCGCCAAGAUGGAGAGGUUGGAGAACGGCCUCCAGAAACUCGGCAGCACAUCUGCUCAGGUGGAUGAUCUCAAGGCCAAGCUAGCUGAGCAAGAAGUGGAGCUGAAGCAGAAGAAUGAGAAUGCCGACAAGCUCAUCCACGAGGUUGGGAUAGAAACAGAGAAGGUUAAAAAGGAGAAGGCUGUGGCUGAUGAAGAGGAGAGAAAAGUUGCGGCUAUUGCUGUUGUGGUCGGUGGCAAGCAGAAAGACUGUGAAGAGGACUUAGCCAAAGCUGAACCAGCUCUUCAAGCAGCUCAGGAUGCCCUUAACACCCUAAAUAAAAAAAACUUAACCGAGCUGAAGUCCUUCGGUUCUCCCGUGGCAGCAGUGACCAAUGUUACAGCCGCAGUCAUGGUCUUGACGGCACCUAGAGGCAAAGUCCCGAGGGAUCGUACCUGGAAGGCAGCCAAGGUGAUGAUGGCUAAGGUGGACACAUUCCUGGACUCUCUGAUAAACUUCAAAAAAGAAAACAUCCCCGAGGCUUGCCUUAAGGCCAUUCAACCUUACCUGCAGGAUCCAGAGUUUCAGCCACACCUGGUGGCUUCCAAAUCCUCCGCAGCAGCCGGUUUGUGUUCCUGGGUGAUAAACAUUGUCAGAUACUACGAGGUUUACUGUGACGUGGAACCCAAGCGCCAGGCUCUAAGCAAAGCCAACGCUGAAUUGGCUGCCGCACAAGAGAAGCUUACUGCCAUCAAGAGCAAAAUCAAUCGCCUCAAUGAGAACCUGGCCAAGCUCACUGCAAAGUUUGAAAAAGCAACAGCUGAAAAAGUCAAGUGCCAACAGGAAGCAGAGUCAACGGCGCGCACUAUUUCACUGGCCAACCGCUUGGUGGGUGGUCUUGCAGCUGAAAACGUUCGAUGGGCAGAAGCCAUAGAAAACUUUAAAAAACAGGAGAGGACAUUAUGUGGGGAUGUCCUCCUCAUCACUGCCUUCAUCUCCUACCUGGGAUACUUUACCAAAGGCUACAGGCAGCAUCUGAUGGAGAACUGCUGGAGGCCUUACCUCAGUCAGCUCAAGGUUCCCAUCCCAGUGACUGCAGACCUGGACCCUUUGACCAUGCUCACUGAUGAUGCUGGCAUUGCUGCAUGGCAGAAUGAGGGCCUGCCAGCUGACAGGAUGUCCACAGAAAAUGCUACCAUUCUAACUUCCUGCCAGCGUUGGCCACUCAUAGUGGACCCACAGCUGCAGGGCAUCAAGUGGAUCAAAAACAAAUAUGGUGAUGACCUGCGGGUGAUACGCAUAGAACAACGAGGGUAUCUUGAUUGUUUGGAGAGAGCGCUGGGAGCUGGUGAUGUGGUUCUGAUAGAAAACCUGGCGGAAACGGUGGAUCCUGUUCUUGGGCCUUUGCUCAGCAGAGAAACCAUCAAGAAGGGCAGGUAUAUAAAGAUUGGAGACAAGGAAUGCGAGUACCACCCCAGUUUCCGCCUCAUCUUACACACCAAGCUGGCAAACCCUCAUUACCAGCCGGAGCUGCAGGCACAGUGUACCCUGAUCAAUUUCACAGUGACCAGAGAUGGUCUGGAGGACCAGCUGCUGGCAGCAGUGGUCAGCAUGGAGAGACCUGACCUGGAACAGCUGAAGUCUGACUUGACGAAGGAACAGAAUGGUUUUAAGAUCACCUUGAAGACCCUGGAGGACAACUUGCUGUCCCGUUUGUCCUCAGCUUCAGGAAACUUUCUUGGAGACACGGAGCUUGUGGAAAAUCUAGAGACAACCAAACGUACUGCAGCGGAGAUAGAACAGAAGGUGAAAGAGGCGAAGGUGACAGAGGCCAAUAUCAACGAGGCUCGGGAGCACUACCGACCAGCAGCAGCGCGAGCUUCCUUAAUGUACUUCAUAAUGAACGAUCUUAAUAAAAUCCACCCCAUGUACCAGUUCUCCCUCAAGGCGUUCGGUGUGGUCUUCCAGAAAGCAGUUCUGAAGGCCGAGUCAGAUGAGACCCUGAAGCAGCGGGUGUCCAACCUAAUUGACAGCAUCACCUUCUCAGUCUUCCAGUACACGACUAGAGGCCUGUUUGAGUGUGACAAGCUGACGUACAUGGCUCAGCUCGUCUUCCAGAUACUCCUGAUGAAUAAUGAAAUAAACCCUGCAGAGCUGGACUUCCUCUUGAGAUAUCCUGUCCAACCAGGUGUGACCUCACCAGUGGAUUUCCUAUCCAACCACUCAUGGGGAGGGAUUAAGUCCCUGUGCACCAUGGAUGAAUUCAAACAUCUGGACAGAGACAUUCAGGGUUCAGCGAGACGCUGGAAAAAGUAUGUCGAGUCUGAGUGCCCUGAAAAAGAGAAACUCCCACAGGAGUGGAAAAGCAAGACUCCUCUUCAAAAGCUUUGCAUGAUGAGGACCCUGAGACCUGACCGCAUGACAUACGCCGUCAGAGACUUUGUAGAGGAGAAACUGGGAAGCGGGUACGUGAUGGGAAGAUCACUGGACUUUGCUGUCUCCUUUGAAGAGUCCAGAGCAGAUACUCCCAUGUUCUUCAUCCUGUCUCCUGGAGUGGAUCCUUUGAAGGACGUUGAGAAACAUGGGAAGAAGAUGGGCUACACAUUUGACAACAACAACUUCCACAACGUGUCGCUGGGUCAAGGCCAGGAGGUUAUAGCUGAACAAGCACUCGAUCUGGCUGCUAAGAAAGGUCAUUGGGUCAUCUUGCAGAACAUCCAUCUGGUUGCUCGUUGGCUGGGCACCCUGGAGAAACUCCUCGAGCAGUAUGCAGAGGGAAGCCAUGAGAACUUUAGAGUGUUUGUCAGCGCUGAGCCAUCCUCCAGCCGCGAGGGUCACAUCAUCCCUCAAGGGAUUCUGGAAAACUCCAUCAAGAUUACGAAUGAAGCACCUACUGGUAUGCAUGCCAACCUGCACAAAGCCCUCGACAACUUCAACCAGGAAUCACUUGACAUGUGUGCACGGGAGAAUGAGUUCAAAAGCAUUUGGUUUGCUCUCUGCUACUUUCACGCUGUGGUUGCUGAAAGGAGAAAAUUCGGCCCUCAAGGUUGGAACAGAUCAUAUCCCUUUAACACUGGGGACCUGACCAUUUCCAUCAAUGUCCUUUACAACUACCUGGAGGCCAAUCUCAAAGUACCAUAUGAUGACCUACGCUACCUAUUUGGGGAGAUCAUGUACGGGGGUCACAUCACGGAUGACUGGGACCGACGUCUGUGUCAGGCAUACCUGGAAGAGUUUAUCAAGCCUGAGAUGAUGGAGAGGGAGCUGUUUCUAGCGCCUGGCUUUCCCUUGCCUGGGAACAUGGAUUACAACAGCUAUCAUCAGUACAUUGACGACACCCUGCCUCCAGAAUCCCCAUACCUGUAUGGCCUUCAUCCCAAUGCAGAGAUUGGUGUCCUCACACAGACAUCAGAGAAGCUUUUCAGAACCGUGCUGGAGAUGCAACCCAGAGACGGAGGAGUUGGUGAGGGAGGAGGAAUGACAAGAGAGGAAAAGGUGCGUGCAGUCCUGGAGGACAUUUUGGAGAAGCUUCCAGAGCAGUUUGUCAUGGCAGAGCUUCUAGGGAGGGCAGAGGAGAGAACUCCAUACCAAGUAGUGGCAUUACAGGAGUGUGAGCGAAUGAAUGUCCUCACUCAGGAGAUCAAACAGUCUCUCAGCAGCCUGAACCUUGGACUAAAGGGAGAGCUAACCAUGACCAGUGAAAUGGAGAAUCUGCAGAAUGCUAUCUUUCUGGACAUUGUCCCAGAUAGUUGGACCAAACGAGCAUAUCCUUCCAAUUCAUGUUUGGCGCUGUGGUUUUGUGACCUCCUGGCCAGGAUCAAGGAACUUGAAGCCUGGUCGUCUGACUUUCUUUUACCCUCUACUGUGUGGCUGGCUGGCUUCUUCAACCCCCAGUCUUUUCUCACAGCUAUCAUGCAGGCCAUGGCUAGAAGGAAUGAGUGGCCUCUUGACAGCAUGUGUCUACAGUGUGAUGUUACAAAGAAGAACCGUGAGGACUUCACUUCUCCUCCUCGUGAAGGGGCUUACAUACACGGAUUGUUCAUGGAGGGAGCAAGAUGGGAUCAACAGACUGGCUUGAUCGUCGAUGCACGUCUGAAAGAUCUUACUCCAACCAUGCCUGUUAUCUUCAUCAGGGCCAUUCCAGUGGACAAACAGGAAAACAGAAAUGUCUACCAGUGUCCUGUCUAUAAAACCCGUCAGAGGGGACCCACAUAUGUGUGGACCUUUAACCUGAAGACGAAAGAAAAGCCUUCCAAGUGGACCUUAGCUGGCGUUGCAUUGCUCUUGCAGAUCUAGGCAUCAUUAGACACAGUGUCUAUUGUGUGAACUGAAAUUCUGUUUGAGCCAAAUAUUUUAAAAUAAUAAAUGUUGAUAUUUUAAAGUAAAAGUAAUUCAGUUGUUUUAAAGGGAAACCUUUUAUUUAGUUUAAGUACAAAAAAAAAGCACAGAAUGCGUAGAAUUAGAUUAUUUUUGGGAUUCACAAAACAGGCCUAAAGUAGGGGGUACUGAACUUUUGCUAAUUUUUUCUGAAACCAUUUCACCACCUAUGCAAUUUUAAAUUCUGGUGUUUUUGCAUUAGAGCACAGGCAUGUUGUUUUGAGGAUUUUUCUUUUAGCAAGUAUGCUUUUUAGGAAAAAGACGGAAAUUUUCAAAAUUGUAAUUUACCCCCUGAGCACCUACUAAUAAAUUCACAAUCCUUCAAACUCAUUGAGUCACUUCACUGCUCUUUUACAACAAUUAGAAAAAUUCAGCAUUUAACCAAGAUCAUGUUGUCUCAGGUAUCAUUUCAGAUCAUAAGUGAAGAUACUCUUGUAAUUUCAGUGUUUUUUUUAUUUAUUACUAAAUCUGUCGAACUACUCUGGGUUGUUUUAUAUUUUAAAGCAUAUAGGAAAUAAAAACACUGAAAUCUGCAGGUCAGAUCUGAAGGAAAAUUGAAAAUCAGAUUUAAACAAAAUAACUUGAACUCUAUUUGUAAAAAAUCCCUGUUUGCAUAAAAUACUGUGAACUAGACGCCACCUUCAGCUUUGUCAGGAAGUCUGGAAAUAUGUGAAAGUUUUAAAUGUGAAACCCUUUGAAAAUAAUGUUUUACCUGGCAGCAGCCACAAUGCAUUAUGGGUAAAGCCUGAUUAAAUCUGAACAAAAGGAACAGCAGGUUGUUUGAGAGGAAAGGUGGGUGUUGCCAGAGGGCGUCAUCUUGACGAAUAAAUAUCCACUUACCUCUGAUUUUGCUCCGUCUUUCAUCGUGUGAUGAAUAAUUUGUACCAAGCUAGUUUUACAGUAUAAGAAGAUGCUCAAAUUCAACACAGGUUUUGGGUUUAUUAUUUAGAUAUUACAUAAAAGAGCUAAAAAAAAAAUCUAAAAUAAUGAUAUGAAAUAAAAAACAGAAAAUAAGCAGUCCCCAGUCAGGACCUUUAUAAAUAUGCACAAUAAAAAAUGAGACCAAAAUCAUUUGAAAGCUAUUUCUAAUGUGACACUGUAGCCAAUAUAAUAAGGAAAACAUUUCUGAUGGAGCAAAAAUGAAGAAGCUUCAACGACCUGAUUGCAUUCGUGUUUAGACCAAACUACCUUUUUAUGCUGGAACUGUUUGGGGAUUCCCAUCAAAACCUUGGAGGAGACUGUAUUUCCAUUUAGAAGCACAAAAUGUAUUUUCUAUAACCAUUUAUUUAUUCACUCAUUUGAGAAAUUGUAAUCUACUUUGCAAUGAUUGUUCUCUUUCAGGACCUUUUUAAAAUAAAGAUGUUUU